AAAGCGGAAGAGAUUUGAUUUCUGACGAAGAGUUUGCGGUCAGUCAUUCCCCACCCUCAGCACGCAACAACAUGUUUUCGUCAUUACUCUUUAAAAGUUCACCGUGUUACUUCCUUCAAAGUUUUAAACAUAUUUACUCCACCUUGCAUACAUGGAAGACACCUACCAGAAGUGUAAUGGCACCAAACAGUGUUGACUUGAGAAACAGUCAUCAAAGAUACGUCGCAAAAUCACCUACCAUUGUUGGUUAUUUCUUUCCUCGAAACAAAAGAAUUCGUAAGGAAUAUACAGAUGCCAUUGAUAUUGUCAUUGAAAACAACCCAGAGAAGAUUGAUAAAAUUGCUACCCUGAUGUCUUGUAGCAACGAACAAGCUGAGAAAUUGGUCCGUGCAGAUUCCAGAUUAGUCACAGUGAUAAGCUUUCAGAAGGUGCAGAGCACAAUUUCUAAGCUCCGACAGGCAGGAUUUUCAGCAGACAGCAUUAUCAAAUAUUCCGGCAUAUUUUCCAGGAAUUUGGGAGCUUUACAGCGUCGACUAGAUGACAUGCAGUUGUUCCGUAAGUACCAUUACUCAAUGGAGUGCGUGUUUAUGGGUCAAGAAAAGUAUGAGAAAAUACGUGGCAUGCUUCUGAGGGAAGCCAUAUUAAUGGGCCAGCAUCCAACAAGAUUGAGCUAUUUGUCCGAAUUGCUGGAGUGCAGUGAAAAUCAGCUGCAGGAAGCUAUUGCAUCUGGUUGUACCAUCUUGAGAAAAAGGAAAUUGUCAGUCCUGAAGGUUGUAGUUAAUCUGUAUGUCAGAAAUGGAAUAACAAAGAAAGACAUUGUUGAUAAUAUCGGUAUACUUCGCUUAAAACCUCUCGAUUGUAAACAGCGCCUGAAAGUAUUGAUACAACCAUACUAUGACAAAGACAAAAAAAUUGAAAUGCUAUAUAAACCCCGAAAGUUAUUUUACGUAAGUCACAGGAAUUAUUCAGAAAAUCGAGAGGCACUUGGCACACAUGAAGACAAGUACCACUAUUUACAAGAGCGCCUGAACUUCAGUAGACUGGAGCUUGAACUAUUAUUCAUCAAAGCUCCUAUAAUCAGGAUAACUUCUCCAAGACGUUUGAAGAGAGUCCUAGAUAUUCUCUUGGAUGAAUUUGGUUUCUCUACCCAAACAAUAUUCCGAAAUUAUCACCUUCUAUUUUUCAGUGAAAACAGAUUGAAGCAUCGGUGGAGAAUUUUAGAAAAUUUUGAUUUGCACGAGAGUGAUAAAAUUGCUGACUUAAUUUUACCUAAGAAAAAGUUUGAAAUGAAAUAUCAUGAGACUUCUUCUUCUGAUGAAGAAUUUUUAGAUGAUAAAUCAUAACAACAGCUUCUCUUAUUUC